CUCCCCUCCUUUCUCUACCCGUUGUCUCCCAAACAUUUCGCAGAUCUCUUGUUGCUUUCGCUGCUUUUCUCCCUCGGAGAGCAGAUCAGCGCAGCAGCCUCUCCCGAUGCCUGUGGGCCCGCAAGCUCGCAAAGAGCAACGUUGUCAAGGAGAGGUCACGCCUGCCGGAAGAGCCCGGCCGGCCCGUCGCCCGGCGGCGCCGUGACAGGGCCCUCCGCCCCCCGGGCAGCGCCAGGCGCGAGUCCCGCCUCCAGGGCCGGGCGCGGCGGCAUGGCGGCGGCAGGGCGGCCCGUCCGCUACUUCUGCACGGCGGGCCGCGGCCUGGAGCCCUUCGUGGCGCGGGAGGCGCGGGCCCGGCUGGGCGCGGCGCAGGUGGAGCAGGCGCAGGGCAAGGAAGAAUGGUCCAUGAAAUUCAACAACUUGUAAUUGAGGAACCCAGUUCAUGGCUGGAAACAGUUUCUAGGUGGAAAAAUCUUCAUGACGAUGAGAUAAAAAAAGAAAACCUUGUACCUCAAAAGAGAAGAUCAGAAGAGGAGAUAAAUAUUACAGCUAAAAAACAGAAGAAAGAAAAAUUGAUAGAGGCAGAUUCUGAGGAACAUCAAAUGGAAGAGCAAAAGAAAUGUGUGGUGCCAGAGGGAAACAAUAAUGAGGACUCUCUGACUGGAAGAAAGAUUUUCCUAGAAGAUGCACCUGAAACUAGUAAAGAUAAAUCAGUUGAAAGUAAUAAUCACAGCUUCACUUUUAGAGUUUCUUGUCGCUGUAGUGGAGCAGUUUCAAAAGUAUUUACGUCACAGGAGGUUGGAAGAAUGAUUGGUGUCACUCUUCUAAAACAAUUUGGCUGGAAAGCUGAUCUGAGAAACCCUGAUCUAGAGAUUUUUGUCCAUCUAAAUGAUGAGUAUUCUGUGGUGGGGAUUCCUGUCUUCAGACUUCCACUGUCAAAUAGAGAGUACAUCAAAACUGCAGGACUGCGCUCUACUAUAGCUUGGGCUAUGGCAUCUCUUGCUGAAAUCAGUGCUGGUGCAUUUGUGUUAGACCCCAUGUGUGGGUUGGGAACAAUACUCUUGGAAGCUGCAAAAGAAUGGCCUAAUGUACAUUACUUGGGUACUGAUAUAAGUGAUUCACAGCUCCAAGGUGCAUGCAAGAAUGUUAAGGCUGCAGACUUGAUGGAUAAAAUUGAGUUACUUAAAGCUUCUGUGAUAGCAUUGCCAUUACCUUCAGAAAGCAUUGAUGUUGUCAUUUCGGAUGUUCCUUUUGGGAAAAAGUUCACAAUAACAAAAGACAUAAAACUUGUACCAGACAUUCUUCGAGAAAUGGAAAGAGUGCUUCAUGUUGGAGGGACUGUGGUCUUGUUGCUUAGCCAGGAUCCUCACAAGUACGUCGAUGGACCUAUUGCUAAUUAUGUUGAAAACGAUGCAUCAGUUAAUAUCACUACUGAUGACACAAAUAAAACUGUUAUAGCUACUGACUCGAAUCCCAGGGAGGAAAAUGGGAACCCACAGAGCAUUUCUUCUUCAAAUAAAAACAUGGAAAGAGAACCCCACAACGAUAAAAUGAAAUGUUUUGGGUCUUUGGUACUUGUGGACUCCCAUGGAGUUAGUCUUGGAAAAACAAAUGCUUUCAUAUGUAAAUAUAAGAAAAUGCCUACAUCUGGGGUCAACAGUAUUCUUAAAUAAUGCUUGAAUGAAUUUGGUUCGAUACAUUUGAAAGUAUAAUUGUACUGAAAUUUAUGAACCCUGUUAUUCUUAAUUUUGGCAAACACUAUGUUUAUUAUAAGCAGCUCUUGCUUUAUUUUAAGUGUUAAAUUAUUCCUUUUCCUUCUGAUGCUUUACUUGCUAAAGAAUCCCACAUUUGGACACAGUAGGCAUGUCUACAUGUGCACAUUUAUUGAGCAGUAACCAAAAAAUACUGCACAGUAUGGGCACAUGUCUACAUGUGCAUGCCCGUAGUACUGCAUAGUAACUAUGGCGGCUUACAUUGACUUGCGCAUAAAUUUGAUACCUGCAUGAUCCAUGUAGCAAAUUUAUACCCAAUUAGUUACUGCACAGUAACACACGUAGAUGCCUUACUGCGCAGUAAUACAGGAGCUCCCCAACUGGGGCUGCCCAGCCACUGGGGCCAGCUGGAGCCCAGCCCCAGGACUCCUGGCUGGCCCCCUCUGCUGCUGGGCUUGGCUGCUCUCUGGCAACCUCUAGCUGCAGGUUAUAAAAGCCUGCAGCCAUUUUAUGACUUGGGGCACACACUCCAGGGAGCUGGCAGGAGCUGCCUGUGGCUGCAGCACCCCAGCAGGCCCUGUAUGCCCCCACUGAAACUGCUGGCUUCACCAGUGGCGCAGCCAGGAUGGAACCCACGUGCUCCGGCAGCUGGUGGUCGCAGUGGAGGGCUGGGUGGCAGACCAGUGUGCAUGGUGGGCAAAGGACUUCAUCUGGGAGGCUGCCCAGGAGGAGGUGCAGCUGUGGGCAUGCCAGGCUCACUGGGCUGAGCUGGUGGCCCUGAAGCAGCAGCAUGUGGAGCUGCUGGAGCAGCAGCUGGCCACCCAGAGGCUGUGCCCAUGCCCCACUUUGCCUGGCCCCCCACUCUGGUCCCAUAGGACCUGUCCUGCCCACUGCCCUGCAGGUCUUGCCCACUGCCCUGCAGCAGGCCCCUUGCAGCACCCUAAAGCAGGUCUCGUAUUGUCUGCAGGCCACAGCCCCUGGACCCGCAGGGGAACUGUCUAUGGCUGUGGUGCUGGCUGCCUGCUGUUUGGCUCUCCGCCCAGGGUGGCUCCACCUCUCAGCCCCUUACAGAUGUACUUGGGGACAGGGUCAGGCAUGUCAAGUGUCUGUGAAAUUUGGGGAACAGGAUUUUUAGUGUUGGUGGGGAGGGUGGUGGAGGGGCACUCUGUGGGAGGGGGUUGUGUUUAUUGAGGGAGGAGGGAUGGGGUGUUUUGUUGUAUUAAUAAAGUUUGUACUGUUUGACCUUUGUGUGUGUCCUGGAGUGGUGCUGGGGGUGAUCAUAGGGUUGGGGGGGUGUGGGUGGCGGGGCAGGAGUGGGGAGUGCAGGAGGAGGGGGGCAGCCAGAGCCUCUUGCAGCUGUUGCCCUGGGCUUGGCACAGCUGGCAGGUGCGUGGCUGUCCUGGGGCCUGGGCGGCGAGGGGGCUUUCCACAGUUUUUUAAAGGAAGUUGUUAGGGCAGUGGUGCUCAAUCUUCUGGCCCUAUAGGCCAGAUGAGUGACGUGGAACCUGUCUGUGAGCUGGAUCAGGCAUCACCCCAGGGGCACUGCCCUGCUCCUGCCUACUGCAUGCUGGGACUCCGCAUCUGAUACAGCACGUAAGGCCAAGGGCUCUCUCUGUCUUGAAAUUUGGCUACAGGAGAGUGGUGCCACCCCUUCCUUGCCCCAGAUUUCUGAACCAAUGGGAAGCUUUGCGGGUGAGACAACGUGGCAUAAUGGGCCAGAGCUACAGUAAAAGUUCCAAGAUAAAGGUCUCCUAAUUUAGUCCUUACUGUUGAAGGAGUAACCUGUACAGUUGAAUUUGCUGUUGAAAAGAGACAUUUUGAUAAGCUAUUGUUUUUUGACUUUCCUAAAUGUUUCCAAAUUUGAGUAGAGAAACAAGUAAACUGAAAUGGAUCAGAAAUCUUUUAAAGUGGCUCUGAGUAGUUUAUAUGUAGCAAUGGCAUAAGAAAAUUUAAAAUUAUUAAAUGUUAAUGGAUUUUAUGUAAGGAGAAAUAUUUUUAAUGUCUAAAUAAAUAUAGUUCUAUUAUGAGA